AUGCAGCGGGCGGCGGGGAAGGAGCUCGCCCUGGCGCCGCUGCAGGACUGGGGCGAGGAGACCGAGGACGGCGCGGUGUACAGCGUGUCCCUGCGGCGGCAGCGCAGCCAGCGCGGGAGCCCGCGGGCCGGGCCCGGCGGCGGCCAGGCCCCCAGCCCGGAUGCGGGCACCUUCCUCCACUACCGCACCAGCAAGGUGCGCGUGCUGCGGGCGGCGCACCUGGAGCGGCUGGUGCGGGAGCUGGUGUCUGUGGACCGUGAGCAGGACCCCGGCUUCGUUCCUGCCUUCCUGGCCACCCACCAGGCCUUUGUGCCCACGGCUCGCGUUCUGGGCCUUCUCCUGCCACCGCCUCCGCCGCCCUUGCCGCCCUGGGUGGAGAUCAAGAAGACAGAGGGACAGGAUCUCAGCUUCAACGAGAACCUGAGGGCUGUGGUUUCUGUGCUGGGCUCCUGGCUGCGGGACCACCCUCAGGACUUCCGGGACCCCCCUGCCCACUCGGACCUGGGCAGUGUCCGCACCUUUCUGGGCUGGGCUGCCCCACUGGGGCCCGAGGCCCUGGAAGCAGAGAAGCUGCUGAGAGAUUUCCUGAAGGAGGCUGAGCAGGAGCAGGAAGAGGAGGAGGAGCAGCCUCAGGCUUCGGCAGGACCUCCUGGAAAUGCCCGGACCCCCAGCCCAGACUCCCCCGAAGGCUACGUGGAAGAGGAGGAAGGGCUGGUGCAAGAAGGCCCUGAGCUCCUGGACUUCAGUGUAGACCAAGUGGCUGAGCAGUUGACUCUGAUGGACGUGGAACUCUUCUCCCGCGUGCGGCCCUGCGAGUGCCUGGGUUCCGUGUGGUCCCAGCGGGACCGGCCGGGGGCCGCCGGCAUCGCCCCGACCGUGCGCGCCACCGUGACCCAGUUCAACCUGGUGACCGGCUGCGUGCUGGGCUCGGUGCUGGGCGCGCCGGGCCUGGCCGCCCCGCAGAGGGCGCAGCGGCUGGAGAAGUGGAUCCGCAUUGCCCAGCGCUGCAGGGAGCUGCGGAACUUCUCCUCGCUGCGCGCCAUCCUGUCCGCCCUGCAGUCUAACCCCAUAUACCGGCUCAAGAGCAGCUGGGGCGCUGUGAGCAGGGAGCCGUUAUCCACGUUCAGGAAACUGUCGCAGAUUUUCUCGGACGAGAACAACCAUCUCAGCAGCAGAGAGAUUCUUUCCCAGGAGGAGGCCACUGAGGGACCCCAAGAGGAGAAUUCUCCCCCUGGAAGCCUGCCUUCAAAACUGCCCCCAGGCCCGGUUCCCUACCUUGGCACCUUCCUCACGGACCUGGUUAUGCUGGACACAGCCCUGCCGGACAUGCUAGAGGGGGAUCUCAUCAACUUUGAGAAGAGGAGGAAGGAGUGGGAGAUCCUGGCCCGAAUCCAGCAGCUGCAGAAGCGCUGUCGGAGCUACUGCCUGAGCCCCUGCCCGCCCGUCCUGGCUGCCCUGCGUGCCCAGCGCCAGCUCAGUGAGGAGCAGAGCUACCGUGUCUCCCGUGUCAUUGAGCCACCAGCCGCCUCCUGUCCCAGCUCCCCACGUGUGCGGCGACGAAUCAGCCUCACCAAGCGUCUCAGUGCGAAGCUGUCCAGGGAGAGAGGCUUGUCUCCUGGUGGGAGUCCUGGGGACCCCUCAUCCCCCACUUCCAGUCUGUCCCCAGGGUCUCCCCCUUCCAGCCCUAGAAUGAGGGACCCUCCUCCUGGAAGUCCCCCAGCCUCUCCCGGGCCCCAGAGCCCCAGCACCAAGCUGCCCUUGGCCUUGACCCUGAGCUGUCCUCGCAUCCCCCACGUGGGGCAGCAGGGCUCAGAGGCCCGGGUCAUCCGUGUCAGCAUCGACAACGACCACGGGAACCUGUAUCGGAGCAUUCUGCUCACAAGUCAGGACAAGACCCCCAGUGUGGUGCAGAGAGCCUUACAGAAGCACAAUAUGGCCCAGUCCGGGGCCCGUGACUACCAGCUCUUCCAAGUCCUUCCUGGGGACAAGGAGCUCCUGAUUCCCGACAACGCCAACGUCUUCUAUGCCAUGAGUCCAGCUGCCCCUGGAGACUUCCUGCUGCGGCGGCGGAAGAAGGAGGAGGCCCAGCACACCACCUCAGGCUCCCCGACCUGA